CCGGGCAGGAGCCGGUCAGCGCUAUGCCGAGCGUCGCCCAUCUGGUGCAGGGGCUGCCGCGGCUCGGGGCCUGGCUCCGGGGGCUCCCGCGGGGUCGGGCCGCCUCGGUCGCCGCCUCGGGGCCCUGGGGCCUGGACGACAUCCCGGGUCCCUCGGGCCCCGCCUUUGCGGCCGAGCUCCUGUUCGGGGGGGGCCUGGGCCGCCUGCACGAGCUGCAGCUGCGGGGCCGUGCGGAGUUCGGGCCGGUGUGGGCCGCCCGCUUCGGGCCGGUGCGGACGGUGCACGUGGCGGCGGCGGCGCUGCAGGAGCAGGUCCUGCGGCAGGAAGGCCCCUGGCCCGAGCGCUGCCGCCUCUCGCCCUGGACCGAGCAGCGCCGCCGGCGGGACCGGGCCUGCGGGCUGCUCACCGCGGAGGGUCGCGAGUGGGAGGAGCUCCGCAGCCUCCUGGCUCCGCUCCUGCUGCGGCCCGGGGCCGCCGCGGCCUUCGCCGAGCCCCUGGACGGCGUCGUCCGUGACUUGGUGCCGCGGCUCCGGCGACGGCGGGGCCGGGCUCGGGCCGGGCCGCCCGCGCUGGUCAGCGACGUGGCCGGGGAGCUGUACAAGUUCGGCCUCGAAGCGGUGGCGGCGGUGCUGCUGGGCUCCCGCUUGGGCUGCCUGGAGGAGGAGGCGCCGCCGGACACGGCCGCGUUCAUCCGCGCGGUGGGCUCGGCCCUGGAGGGCGCGCUGCUGGCCAUGGUGGUGCCCCGCCUGCUGCCCGGACCCCGGCGGCGGCUGGAGCGGGACUGGGAUCGGAUGUUUAGCUUCGCUGAACGCCACCUGGAGCGGGCAGGGGGCGGCUUGGCCGCUACUCUCCUCCGGGGCCCGAUGUCCCCAGAGUCCGUCUUGGGCAACGUGACGGAGCUGCUGCUGGCCGGAGUGGACACGGUCUCCAACACCCUGUCUUGGACGCUGUACGAGCUGUCUCGGCGGCCCGAGGUCCAGACCGCCCUCCACGCAGAGAUCGCGGCGGCCCUGCCCGCGGCGCCCCGCGCCCCCUCCUCGGCCGCAGCCCUGGCCCGGCUGCCCCUGCUCAGGGCCGUGGUGAAGGAGGUGCUGAGGCUCUAUCCCGUGGUUCCAGGAAACUCCCGCGUCCCGGACAGAGACAUUCGCGUGGGCCGUUUUGUCAUUCCUCGAAACACGCUGGUCACUCUCUGCCAGUUUGCCACGUCCCGCGACCCUUGCCAGUUUCCGUCGCCGGAUUCCUUCUGCCCAGAGCGCUGGCUGUCGGGCACCGCGGUCACCCCAGCCCCGGCCCCGCACCCUUUCGCCUCCCUGCCCUUCGGCUUCGGCAAGCGCAGCUGCGUGGGGCGGCGCCUGGCAGAGCUGGAGCUACACCUGACCCUGGCCCAGAUCCUGCUUCACUUCGAGGUGAGGCCGGAACCGGGCGCUGCCCCCGUAGAGCCCAUGACCCGGACUGUUCUGGUGCCAGCGAGAAGCAUCAACCUGCAGUUUUUGGACCGCUAGCAGAAAGAGGGGCGGAG